CUGUGAGUCAAUCAGCCACACAGGAUGGAACAGGCGGCUGAAAAAAAGAAGAAGCGGCUGAAAUAUUUGGAUGCAGCAAAAACACAAAACAAGUCCGCGUGCGUUCUCGUGAUAGACGUGCAGGUGAGGCUGUGCACGCGCACGGAGCUUCCUGCAUUCCUCCACAGGAGCGUGCUGGGGCCGGUUGAGAGCGCGUCGUGGAGCUGUGGACAACGAGGAAGUAGCUGUGACAGGUUCAGGGAGCAAAGAACCAGGGGGCGUGGCCUCACGCUGCAUGCAGGUAGACGGGCAUAAAAGUCCUGAACCGGGGGGCACCGACCUGCUCUGUUCCGGUGACCAUGACGGGGACGCUCCUGCUGUGGGUCCUCAUCCUACACGCCUCGCUGCAGCUCUCAGAAAGCCAUGGCCACGACUUUGAAGAGGUGAAGGCCUACGAGGUGGUUCGGCCCGUCAGACUUCACUCCGUCAGAAAAAGACAUACAGAGCAUCUCAGGCCAGAGACCGUUAAGUAUGCAAUGACUGUGGGAGGAAGAGACAUCGAAAUGCAACUAGAAAGAAACCGUGAACUACUCACCAAAGACUACACGGAGACCUACUACCACGCAGACGGGACUCGAGUCACCACAGCGCCGGAUGACGUCGACCACUGCUACUAUCAUGGGAGCAUUGGCAACGACAGCCAAUCAUCCGUUAGCGUCAGCACCUGUGACGGACUCAGGGGUUACUUCAGAACGUCGGCCCAGAGGUACCUGAUUGAGCCCCUGUCGGGCGGCGACGAGGGGGACCACGCGGUGACGACUAUUGGCGACAAGGAGUCCACGCCCGCGAUGUGCGGCGUCACCAACACCAGCUGGAGCGACGACUUCGAACCCCCGACAAGCCGGAGCCGGUCCAGAUCAGCGGGUAUAUCUAUCAUCCAGAAACAGAAAUACAUCGAGCUCUUCCUUGUUGCUGAUAAUCGACUGUACGAGAAGAUGGAGCGAGAUAAGACCAAGCUGAGACAGAGGAUAUUCGAAAUUGUCAACUUUGUCAACAUGGUGUACAAGCCACUGAGGACCUUCAUCGCUCUGGUGGGGCUGGAGAUCUGGUCCGGUCAGGACAUGAUCCCUGUGACCCCCCCGGCCGGGGCCAACCUGGACGCCUUCAUGAAGUGGAGGAACUCUGUGCUGGUGAAAAGGAAAAAGCACGACAACGCACACCUCAUCAGUGGUAUUGACUUUGAGGGCGCCACCGUGGGAUUGGCUUACAUCGCGACUCUUUGCACGGGUCAGUCCGUUGGAGUGGUACAGGAUCACAAUGACCUGUCCAUAGCAGUGGGGGCGACGCUGGCCCACGAGAUGGGCCAUAACCUGGGCAUGAACCACGACGACUCCAGCACCUGUGCUUGUUCUGGUGACAGCUGCAUCAUGGCGGCAGCACUCAGCUGGAACAUUCCUCGGACUUUCAGCAGCUGCAGCAGCAACGACUACGAGAAAUACCUGCUGGGCCGCAGCCCCGACUGCAUCCUGGACAAACCCGACUACAGAACCCUGGAGACUCCUCCGCUCUGCGGGAACGGUUUCGUGGAGAAAGGAGAACAGUGCGACUGUGGCAGCGUGGAGGAGUGCACCAACCCCUGCUGCAACGCCACCGCCUGCACCCUGAAGGAGGGGUCCCAGUGCGCUGAGGGGGAGUGCUGUGAGGACUGUAAGGUCUUGCCUCGGUCCACGGAGUGCCGCAGGAGCCGGGACGGGUGCGACCUGGCGGAGUACUGCGACGGGGAGAGCGCCACCUGUCCCGAGAACAUCUUCGCCGUGAACGGCCUGCCGUGCGACGGAGACCUGGGAUACUGCUACAACGGCCAGUGUCCACAGAGGCUAGACCAGUGUGUCAAAAUGUACGGAGCAAGUGCCAUAGAGGCCCGUUCGUUCUGCUACCAGCAGAACACCAGGGGAACCUACUACGCCUUCUGUAGGCGUCCCCAAAACGACAAGCACAUCCCCUGCCAGCGAGAAGACGUGCUUUGCGGGAAGCUCUUCUGCCACGGCGGCACCGACAGCCCCAACUACGGCCGCAUGGUGAGGCUCAACGACUGCAAGGCGGCGUUCUUUGAUGACUACACCAAAGACUACGGCCAGGUGGACACUGGCACUAAAUGUGGGGAUGGAAAGGUGUGCAGCCAGAACGAGUGUGUGGAGCUUGAGACGGCGUACAGAAAUAUAAACUGCUCAGCGAAAUGCCCGGGCCAUGCUGUGUGCAAUCACAGGAGCGAGUGUCAGUGUGAGCCCGGUUGGAUGCCUCCUCACUGCGACGCCAACGCUUUGAAUGACAUGUCAUCCGGAGUCGUCGCCGCCAUCGUGGUGGUGGUCAUCCUCGUGGCUCUAGGUGUCACUGCUGGUGUGGUAGGGAUCAUGUGGAAAAGGCGUCAAAGUCCCGUGUUGCCCACCGCGCGCACCCAGAGGAAGCAGCCGGCGGUGGACCGCUCCGCUCACCGCCUCAACAAAGGGCCGUUCCCGAGUCAACCCGCGCCGGUGCAGGCUGAGAGGCGGAAACCCAAAGGAGCCCCGCCUCCGCCACCUCCGGCAGGGAACCGGCCGAAGCCCCCGGUCCAGAACUAUAUUACCACACGCCAGGCUCUGAGGCCAGUACCUCCACCAAAGGUGUGACGACUGACCCAGUGCCACCUGCUGGUAAACCAGGGGAGACGCACCUUUGUCUGUUAACCCCCAACGAGCGGCUGCUGGUGAUCCAGACCAGGUUUUACUCGAGGUGUCUCGUCCCACGCGUGUGCAGUAGGAACAAACUGGACUUUGAAUUGUCAUUUGCUUGCCAUGCACUGAGGAUUCGUCAUUACAGGGAUCAACUUUUUGUAAUUUAAGGCACGUUUUAAAAAGAAUUAUAUGGCUCACAUUCAGGGCCUAACUAACUAACUAACUA